AUGGGAAAAUGCGUAGUUCGAGAAGUACAGCAACACUGCGAACCAACUAUUUUCGAUCGAUCAUCUGUAAUAAAUACCGGUGCAGCACUGUCCGUAGCGACAGACUCAAAAGUUGCAGAAAUUCCAAAAGUUCAGGGAUAUUAUCGAUUUGAAUAUGCGUUGACACCUGAUGAUACCAAUUUAACAUCGUGUGAUAUAGCUGUGUUUAAGAAUGUAGCCAAAAUUUAUCCUGAUAAUAAUGAACCAAGAAUAGUAUCGACAUGGGAAGACGAUGAUAAUAAUAUUUGGAUAACAUGGACACAUAAUCAUACAAUUGAGCUUGAUCGCGAACGUCUGUUAAAAUUUGUUAAUCAUAAAAUUAUUGUCAAAAUAUGGGAUGGUAAAGAAUAUUGUUUACCACGAACAAAACUCGAUCGUCCAAAACUCAUACGCUAUCCAGCAAGUUCCACCACUGAUGACGAUAAAAAUUCUCCUAAAACUAUUGUCCAACGAGUCGCUCAAAAUUAUACAAAAUGGUUACCAAAACCAUUGUUAUACAAAUUAAAACGAAAACUGCCUGUUGAAAUUCCAUUACCAUCUCUAUCAUUACAACAGACAAUACGAGAUAUCGAGUCACAAAUAACACCCACAGAACAACAAAUCGAGGUGUCAGUGAUCGAGAAAACAACUCCAGAAUUACCAAUUGAAUCAGCAGAUAAUAUUGCAAAUGAAAAAAACUCUGUCAAGAAAACAAAACGAUCAACAUCAAAAUCGACAACAAGAGCAGCAGAUGAUUCUGAGACAAAAUUUUCUAAAGUAAAACCGACGAAACAUGUUGAUGAGAAACGUGAAAAAGGUGCUAUUCAAAUUAUUUUUCCAUCCAAAUUACUUUUUGUCGGUUCAAAAGAAAUUACUUGUAGAAUUGACGAUAAAACACCACAGGCAAUAAAAGACUGUUUCGUUAAUUUAUCCAUUGAUGAUUUUGAUGUUCUUUCCGAGCAUUUGGCUACCGAAUAUAAUCCACUAUCGUUGAAGAUAUGUCAUGUUGUGAAUAUGCCUAGCACACCUUUAUCAUUUAAAGAACUGAGAAAACAAUGUGAGCCUGUUUAUUGUUCAUACGAAUUAUUUGAUCAGCAAGAAUAUAGAACAACGAGUAAAUCUCAUCAACGUAAUAUUUAUUGGGAUGAUAUAUACGUAUGCUUUAUGAAUCUGAUUAACGAAACAUCAUUAGCAAAAUUUCGAAAUUCACCAAUAAUCUAUAUUGAACUUCAUGAUCGAGAUGAAAAAGCAAAUAUUAGGAAAAGUGGCAGUAGUGUUUUUGGAACAGAAGUAGCGGAUGAAUCAAUCGGACAUGUUUCAGCAGUUAUUGCAAAACUGACCAUUCAUAAUCCGUUUGAAUCAAGAGGGAAGCCAUGGUUUCCCUAUGGUACAGUUAAAUUAGAUUUAUCUGAAUUAUUAUUGGGACAAACAUCUCUUGAAUGUUUUAUACCCGUUGUUCCUUGUCAUGCGCCUGAUAUCAUAUCACGCACAACGAAUGCAAAACGUAUCUAUGGUGUACCGGGAGCAGUUGAUACGGGAAAAUAUUUGCCCAUACAACAAGGACAUUUUCUCGAACAUGGAACACAAAUGAAAAUUGUUGUUCGCUUAGCAAAACCACUUGUUAAUCUACAAUUGACACAACUACAACGAUCUGUUAUAGCAACACCGAUGACACCAUUUACUCGGACGGUAUUUGUAUUCGACUAUAAUAACCUUGAAUUUUUAUCUGUAAUCGAAACAAAUAUUCAUUGUAUUAAUGCCAAAGCGCUUGAACUUGACGUUUAUCCGAAGAAUGUUCAAGCCGCCGCUUUAUCAACUUAUAAACUAACCGAAAUCCAACGAAAAAGUCUAGAUUUAAAUAUCAUAACUGGUUUCCAUUUAUUCGACGAUGAACAUCAUAUAUUUGUUUUAGAAGGUUUAAGAGAUAAAGGAAUUGAACAUCUCUAUGAACAAUUGUCUAAAUCUGAAAAUCAAAAAGUUGACAUAUCGUAUGAUUCAUCGUUAACAUUUGAUGAACGAAUCUAUGCCAAAUUAAAUGUUGAUUUAACACGUAUUAAACUUCAUCGACCACUAAAAGAAAUUGUUCAACAACCAUUGCUUUAUGUCAGAGAUAUGGUACCGAAAGAGUCAUUUGAAGCAUUGCGAAGAUUACAUGAGAUGGUUAAAAUGCAUAACCUUCGCUCAUCAGUUAAACAUAAUUUAUUUCCAACUGCAGAUAUGAUUGUAUCGUUGAGUAAAGAAUUUGGAGUACCAAUUACACAAAAAGAAUUUGAAGCCUUUUCUAGUUAUAAACCCUAUUCACAUAAUCAUAAAAAAGAACAGUCAUUUUCACCAACAACGGCAACAACAAUGUUCAACAAAAAUCAAGAUAAUGACGAUGAUGUAGACAUAACAUCUUCAAAAAAACAAAAUUUUGUUGAAAAAAAUAUUCAACAAAUAAAGGAUGCUAGUUCAAGGAAUCGAGAACAUCGUAUUAGAGAGAAUGAUCAAAUUUUAUUCGUUGCAGAAGGUCCAGUUUUUCAUUACAGUACCCAAAAAUUAAACACAACCGAAAAAGCACUAGAUCAAAUCCGGAAUUACCUUACAGAGAAUUAUCGAUCUUCGUCGUUCUCGUACAAUCCAGAUCAUCGUUCGGGAACAUUUUCGCCCGUUCUGGAGCAAUCAAAUAAAGAUACUUUUGAAUCAUUAUUACGAAGUGAUUCAAAGAUGAGUGCUGAUGUUAAUUGGCAUUACCCCGGUUAUAAAUCAAGUGUGGACUCAAAUAUUCAUUCAAGAACGCCCGAUCCAGCAAGAUUAGACGAAUUAGCAAAACCACCAGAGUCAUGGUAUAAGCAAAAUAAUAAUGAAACAAAAGUACGUGAAUCUUUUCCUUGGAUGGCGAGAAAAGAUGAUUUUGAUCUUUGGAAACGUCAUAUACCGAGUCCGAUAUUGAAUACGACUGCUAGUAUUACCAGUGAACAAUCAAGGGAGUCAAGAUCUUUAUCGAAAUUACAACAAUUUGUUGUUGACGAUGAACGUAUGAAAUUUUUACGUUCAUCACCAAGAACUGAAAUGACUAUUCAAGGACGAUUAGCAGCCAGUCAAUUAGAUAAACUCAAAGGUUUAUUGAAAGAUGAUCCAAAGAAAAAAGGCUUCAUGGCACCAAAAUCGUUUUAUCGAAAGCUCGAAAGAAACAAAUCAAGAUCAGUGAUUCCGCAUCGUUCUACUCAAUCAGCUCCAUUACAACGUACAUUUCUCCGAAGUCAAACAAAUGAAGAUUUCUAUGACGAGAUUAAUGAUAAACGACGAUACAACUUGAGCGUUCAAUCGGUUGAAACAAGAAGUUUCAGGACUUUACCAUUGACAGUUGCAUAA